AUGGUCGAUAAUACUGGGUAAGUAAAUUUUGAAGAUUUUUGACUGUUUUUAAACAUGUUUUGACAUCGUAUAAGAUAUAAAAUGACACUUUAAAAAAAAAAACUUUUUUUGAAAAAACAUGUUUUGUCGUAUAACAUGUCGCCUUGCUUUUAAAUUUGUAAAAUACGUUACAGUGUUGAGCUGUCUUCAUAAAAUACAGUAAAAUAGAGUUAUUGCUUUAGGUAUUUCAAAGGAAAAACCGUUUUUGUGUCGGGCGGAUCACGAGGAAUUGGAUUAGCCAUAGCCAAGAAGCUGGCCAGGGAUGGGGCCAAUAUCGUCAUCGCGGCCAAGACAACCGAGCCUCAUCCUAAAUUGCCUGGUACGUACAUUAAUUUCUACUUUUUACACUCCCUAGCUUCUCAUUUACCCUAUCCUGCCCUACCCUACUCUACCCUACCACAACCCUUACUUUUACCCCUCCCGUAUUCAUAAGCUUGUCGUUACUCUACCACUAUCCUACCGUGCCGUAUUAUACCCUACCGUCACCUACCGUACUCUAUUUUACUUUAUUUUUAUCCCAACCCCUAGCCUACUAAUACCCUACUCUACCGUAUCCUACCCUACCUUCCCCUACCGUAUCAUACAGUACACUAUUUUACCCUAUCCCUACUCUCUAUCUCACUAUGCCCUAGAGUGUACUGUAACUUUAUUUUUUAAUUUUAAACUCCACGCUAACCCUACCGUACCCUACAGUAACCCAUACCGUUUCUAGGUACAAUAUACACAGCAGCCAAGGAGAUCGAAGCAGUUGGAGGUAAAUGUCUACCAUUGGUUAUGGAUGUGAGAUACGAAGAAGAGGUCGAAAAAGCGGUCAAAAAGGCGGUCGAUCACUUCGGAGGUAUUGAUAUACUACUCAACAACGCCUCAGCCAUCAGCACAACCCCAACUGAACAGACUGACAUGAAGAGAUACGAUCUAAUGCAACAGAUCAACACUAGAGGCACUUUCUUACUGUAGGUAGGGGUGAGGUUUGGGUAAGGGUAUGGGGUAGGAGUAGAGGUAAGGAUAUGGUAUGGUUAUGAGUAAUAGUAGGGGUAUGGGUAUCGAUAGAGCUAUGGGUAAGGGUAUUGAUAAGGGUAGGGGUGUAGGUAUAGGAAAAGGUGGGGGAAUGGGGUACGGGAGUUGAUAUGAGUAUGGGGAAGGGUAUGAGUAUGGCUGUCUGUGUGGGUAUCGGUAUGGGUGUAGGUAUGGGUAAGGGUAGGGGUAAAGACAAGUGUAGGAAUAGGGGUAGGGGUAUCGUUAGAGAUAUGGGCAGGAGUAUAGGUAGGGGUGGGGAGAUGGGUAUGAAUAUGAAGUAAGAGAAGGUAGGUGUCGGAGUUAAGAUAGGCUUUGAAAAGUUCAAAAAUUUUUCUUUUCUCACUUUUAAAAAUUUUUUUUCGGACAUGUUUUAUCGUAUAACAGGUCGCUUUUUUAAAAGUAUUUAGGGUUCUGUUUGAAGAAAGCUUAUGAAAAUUUAUAUUUAGGCCUUAAAGGCCCCAAAAAAUCAUUUUUUUAAUUUUUCAAAAAUUUUUUUAUUGUGGACAUGUUCCAUCGUAUAACAUGUCACUUUUUAAUAAAACAAUUAAAAAUAUCGAAAAAAUAAAGUAAAAUUGAAAAAGUAGUGUAAGUGUACUUCAAAAAACUCAUGAUUAUAUUGAUUUUUGUAAUAUUAUGGCGUGGACAUGUUCCAUCGUAUAACAUGUCACUUUUUUAAUAUUUAGAGUUCUGUUUGAAGAAAGGUAAUGAAAAUCAAUGUUUGAGCUUUGAAAGACUUCAACAAAAUCAUUUUUAAAACUUUUUUAAAAAUUUUAUGUUGCGGAAAUAUUCCAUCGUAUAACAUGUCACUUUUUUUCAAAGUUAAGCUAAAAUCUUCAAACCAAUUGCAAAGUAUCUAAAUUCCGUAAAAAUGACAAAAAUUAUCAAAAAUUUUUGAACAUACAUUUAAAAGUCACUUUCAGCUCAAAAACCUGUCUUCCAUACCUAAAAAAGGCAUCCAACCCCCACAUCCUCAACCUCUCUCCGUCCCUACUUCUUGACCCACAAUGGUUCCGCUAUCACGUCGGAUACACGAUCUCCAAGUACGGCAUGAGUAUGUGUGUAUUGGGGAUGGCACACGAGUUUAAAGAGUUUGGCAUCGCGGUGAAUGGGUUGUGGCCGCGAACUGCCAUCUGGACGGCGGCGAUUACGUUGACCAGUAACGAUGAAGAGGCCCGGAACUUUUGUCGCAAGGAUGACAUUAUGGCCGACUCGGCCUACUUGAUUUUGAGCAAGAAUAGUCGACAGUUUAGUGGUCAGUUCGUGAUUGAUGAUGAGAUACUACAGGAGCAUGGGGUUACGGAUAUGGAUCGAUACACGUUUGUCAAAGGUAAACUACGACAACUAGAUAUAUAAGGAGAUGAAGAAAUUCAAUAUGAGUAUAGUAAUAUAAACUAUAGAAGCCAAAUCUUGUAGGCUUAGAAUUAACGAAUUUCGGCUUGAUUUUAGACUGGCUUUGGUAGGUUUGGUACUAAGGAGGUAUAGGCUUAAUUUUAAUAAAUAAUAAGCAAGAUAGCUUUUAGCUUAGUAAGCUUAGGCUUAGUACACUUAAGAAUAGUAGGCUUACACUUAGUACGCUUAGGCUUAAUAGUUUUAGGCUUAGGCUUAGUAGGCUCAGGCUUAGUAGGCCUAGACUUAGUAGACUUAGGCUUAGUAGUCUUAGGCUUAAUAGGUUUAGGCUUAGUAGGCUUAAGCUUAGUAGGCUCAAGCUUAGUAGACUUGAGCUUAGUAGGCUUGAGCUUAGUAAGCUUAAGCUUAGUAGGUUUAGGCUUUAAAUUAGUAGACCUAGCCUUAGUAAGCUUAAGUUUAAACUUAGUAGCCUUAGGCUUAAAUAUCUUUAAAGUUUCACCUUUUUAGACCACCCAAUCGGCACAGACUUUUUUAUUCCAGGAGUAGAAUACUUUGGACCAUUCACUCAUGCCAAAAUUUAA